AACAACUUUCGAGAUCAAGUUUUUGGCAAGUGAGCCUUUGCAAGCCAGUCCAUCUUCCGACGUACGUUUGUCAAGCAAAGCAACCUGUUUAUUGCACCCAUUACCCGCGCAAUCCUCGCCUGAAAACGCAUCACCAUGGCCUUAGCUGCGAAAGCCCGCGCUAACGUUCGUCUCCCCCCUGAAGUGAACAGGGUGCUGUUUGUGCGCAAUCUUCCUUUCAAAAUUACCGCUGAGGAUUUAUACGAUUUAUUUGGAAAAUAUGGAUCCAUUCGACAAAUACGGAUAGGAACCGCUACAGACACAAAAGGAACAGCAUUUGUUGUUUACGACGACAUAUUCGACGCCAAAGCCGCCUGCGAUCAUCUAAGUGGAUUUAACAUUAUGGGUCGAUACUUGAUUGUAUUAUAUUACUCCACCGCGAAGGCAACGAAAAAGAAAGACCUGGACAAAAAAGAGGCGGAUAUAAGUGCAAUGAAGCAAAAGUAUGGAAUGGAUGAGUAGAGAUUACUUGUGCGGUGCUGGGAAGUGUACAGUUUCUUUUUUUUUGCAGGCAAUUGUAUAGAUUUUAUAUAUAUAUUUUCUUUUGUUGGAGGUUGGAGGCAGGUCAUGGAUUAGACAUUUUGAGUGCUACUUCGUUUCUGAUAACAUGGAGUUGCCGUCAUGUUUUCCUGCAUCAGAGAUUCGGGUCAGGAUGACCGGACAUCGAA